UCUUACCUUGCGGAAAUGUUUGGUCCAAUGUGGAUGAUUAAAGUCUAUACCUACGAGUUUCAAAAAGCAUCCUGCUGCUUCUGUUGUCCUGAACAAGACGAAGAAAGAGGAGAACGAAACUGCGAGGAAGAUACGGAUGCCAGUGGUGGACAAGCGGUGAUUCAUGAUGAGCGGGAACAUGUAAUCUACAGUUAUUCCUUCUUCCACUUUGUAUUUGUCCUCGCCUCUCUCUAUGUGAUGAUGACGCUCACCAACUGGUUCAGCUAUGAAGAUUCAUCUCUGGAAUCCAUCUUUACCCAUGGCAGCUGGCCCACAUUUUGGAUCAAGGUGGCCUCUUGUUGGACAUGUGUUAUUCUUUAUUUGUGGAUACUUUUGGCACCAACGUGCCUUCCU